AUGGCGUCCCCGGCUAUCAGAAAGGCGAUCGCUGAAGCGGCGUCGCAGUACUCCAAGCCCGAAGGGAAGGUCUUUCAAUAUGGUACCGCGGGGUUCCGUAUGAAGGCUGAUCUCCUCAACACCGUAGUCUUCACCGUGGGCUUGCUUGCUGGGCUUCGUUCCAGAAAGCUUAGUGGACAAUGGGUUGGUGUCAUGGUCACUGCCAGUCACAACCCCGCGGAAGAUAAUGGCGUCAAGUUGAUUGAUCCCAUGGGUGAAAUGUUGGAGGCUGAGUGGGAAACUUAUGCCACCAGACUUGCCAACGCCCCGCUUGACAAGGUCGGUGAUGUCUUUGACGAACUCAUCAAGGAGAUCGAUGUCAGCAUGGAGAACCCCGCUCGUGUCGUCUUCGCUCGCGACACUCGUGCCUCUGGCUCGCGUCUGGUCUCCGUCAUCAAUGCCGCCCUUACCGCUUCGGAGGUCGAAUUCAUCGAUCUGAAGUACAUGACCACCCCUCAGCUCCACUAUGUUGUGCGCUGCAAGAACACUUUGGGCACCCAGUAUGAGUAUGGCGAGCCCACAGAGCAGGGCUACUAUGAGAAGCUUGCCGAAGCUUUCAAGAGAGUUAUGCGUGGUGUUAAGGUCAAGGGCUCGUUGACCGUGGACUGCGCGAACGGUGUUGGUGGGCCCAAGCUGAGAGAGCUCAUCAAGUACCUGCCCGGCCCGGAGGAGGGUGGCAUGGAUAUCAAGAUAGUUAAUGAUGAUGUCAUUAACCCUGAUAGCUUGAACUUUGAAUGUGGUGCCGAUUAUGUCAAAACGAAACAACGUGCCCCGCCUUCCUCCAAGGCAGCUGCUCUUGACCGCUGUGCCUCGCUGGAUGGUGACGCCGAUCGUAUCGUGUACUACUUCAUCGACGAGAGCAACACUUUCAGAUUGCUUGACGGUGACCGCAUUGCCACCCUUGCGGCCUCCUUCAUCGGUGAUCUUGCGCGGAGCGCUGGAAUUGCGCAGAAGCUCAAGAUCGGCGUCGUCCAGACCGCUUACGCCAAUGGUUCCAGCACGGACUACAUCGAGAAGGUCCUGAAGUUGCCUUCUGUUUGCACCAACACUGGUGUUAAGCAUCUGCACCAUGCGGCCCUGCGCUUCGACGUUGGCGUCUACUUCGAGGCCAACGGUCACGGUACCAUUACUUUCUCCGAGACCGCCUUGAAGACCAUUAAGAACACUGAGCCCCAGUCUCCUGCCCAGCAGCGCUCCCUUGAGUGCCUCCAGGCUCUUACUGACCUGAUCAACCAGGCGGUCGGUGAUGCCAUCUCCGACAUGCUCCUGGUCGAAGCUAUUCUUGCUCACAAGGGCUGGAGCCCCAAGGAAUGGCUUGCUACUUACACCGACCUUCCCUCGCGACUUGUUCGCGUGGAGGUUGCAGACCGCUCCAUCUUCAAGGCUUACGAUGCCGAGCGCAAGCUCGAGUCGCCCCCAGGCCUCCAGGCCAAGAUCGAGUCCCUCCAGUCCCGCUACAACAAGGGCAGAAGCUUUGCCCGUGCAAGUGGCACGGAAGAUGCGGUGCGUGUCUAUGCCGAGGCAGCGAGCCGCUCCGAGGCGGACGACCUUGCUACCCGUGUCGCCAACGCCGUCCGCGAGGCUGGCACUGCCAAGGAAACAUUGCAGUCUGCUUGA